AUGGCUGGCCAAGGUCUCCUCGCCGUCGGCGUUCCGCCGCAGCCUCUCUGGCUCCUCUACGUCAAGAUUGCCGUUCUGGUCAUCUCCCUCAUCGUCCUGGCCCUCUCGGCUUAUGCUCUGUCGCUCUGGCCCGCCGGCGCCGGCGGGAUGGACAUCUUUGUCGCCAUCCUGAAUUUCAUCGUCUACGGCACUACCGGCGCCCUCGAGCUUUGGGCCCCCCAAUACUUCUACCGCAUCGGCGCCCUCAUCGGCUACAUCCUCACCGUCAUCUUCUGGCUUACUGCCUGGGCUUGGUCGGCCAGCGACGCAUCUGCUUGGAUAUCUUUGCUCGGGUACAGAGCGCUCGGCGGAGCCCUGGGUGGUUGUGCUGGUCUCGGUGCUAUUGCUUGGAUCCUGGUCAUCGUGCACCUCGCCUUCUUCAUCCGCGCCAGCGUCGUCGACGAUCCUGCCGGCACUGGACAGGCCGAACUCGGCCAAGUCAAGACCGAAGUUCCCCCCCAGCAGUACCCCCAGCCGUACCCUGCUCAGCAACCCUAUCCUGCCCAGCAGCCGUACCCCGCCCAAGAGCCGUACCCCGCCCAGCCGUAUGCUCAGCCGCAACAACCGCAGCAGCAGCAGCCCUACCCCCCCCAGUAA